AUGCCGAAAACUCUGAGUGAAAUUAAAAAACUCUCCGCUUAUCCAGAUAAUUUCGAAAAAGCAAUUGGCUUCAUAAAGAUAACACAAGAAUAUACUAUAGAUGUUGUAGCAGCAAUUGAAAAGUUGAUUAAUACUCCACCAUCAAGGCAAUCUAAAGAGAAUGAUUUGGAGCGAUUAGCACAUACAGCACAAAAAAAAAAAAAACGAGUUUACAUGCCAUAUUUUGUUUCUGGCGGUUUCUAUGAAGCACUUCAAGCAACAGCAAAUGUUUGCAUUUCAAUUGCAAAACAAGAACGUGAAGCUCAAAUGGAAGCAUUCCAACGAGUGAUUACACCGAUGAAAAGUUGGAUUCAGGAAGAUUAUCCACGCCUUAUGAAGGAUAUUAAGAAAUGUUAUAAUUUAAAAGAUAAAAUGGAUCGAAGUAUGGCAAGUGUUGAGGCUCGAAAAACACCGGAACGUGUUAUGAGAGCGCAAGAAGCCAAAAAUAAGCAUCAAUUAUUCUUUGAACGUGUUGAAAAUGAGGUAAUGCGUUACAAAGCGAUACAUAGACAUCACAUGCAAUGCCUUAAAGUAUUGAUGCUAAAAAGUUAUCAGUUUGAGCGGAAGGCAAAGGAUGAAUUCUAUUCGGCAUUUAUGAAAUGUGAAGCUGAAAUUGAUGCUGGGACAGCAGCACUGAAAGAAGCGGCCAAAUAUAUGACUGUUGAAGAAAUAGAUUUAGAGAAGUCGAAGAAUGGAGACGACAAGGAAUCGGGAAAGAAUUCAUCGCAAAAAGUUAACGCAAAAUCCGACGAACCGGAAAGACAAAAGGCUCAUGUAAAGCCGAAAAAAGUGCAAAAGGAAAUGGAUGGUGUAAAAUUGGAGAAAUCGGAGAAGCAAACUGAUAAACAGAAGAAGGAUAAGAAAACUGACGAGGGAGAGAAUGCUAAUGCUGGAAAGAAUAUUGCUGGAAAGGACUCAGAAGAAAUUAAAUGA